AUGACAUCCAAUUAUUGUGUCACCAAUAGCUCACCCACCUCCAUCAAGAGCUGCCCCCGGCCCUCUUCUAUCUCCUCCAACAGUGUGAGCUGCCAGCCUGAGCUGUACCUGGGUAAUGUCUGCAUGCCUUCCACCUGCAUGCCAACCACCCACUGGCCCUCCAACUGCCUCUCCAAGACCUAUCUGCCCAGCAACUGCCGGCCCAGCAGCUGCUGGCCAACCGGUGGCAUCUCCAGCUCCAUGGGUACCUGUGGCUGGUAUUGUGAAGGGUCCUUCAACGGCAAUGAGAAGGAGACCAUGCAGAUCCUGAAUGACCGCCUGGCCAACUACCUGGAGAAGGUGCGGCAGCUAGAGCAGGAGAAUGCCAACCUGGAGAGCAAGAUCCAAGAGGCCUGCCAGUCUCAGGUGCCCACCUGGUGUCCAGACUACCAGUCCUACUUCCAAACCAUCGAGGAGCUCCAGGAGAAGGUUCUGUGCACCAAGGCAGAGAAUGCCAGGAUGGUCGUGCACAUUGAUAAUGCCAAGCUGGCUGCGGACGACUUCAGGACCAAGUAUGAGACUGAGCUGUCCAUGCGGCAGCUGGUGGAGGCCAACAUCAACGGCUUGCGCAGGAUCCUGGACGAGCUGACCCUGUGCAAGGCGGACCUGGAGGCCCAGGUGGAGUCCCUGAAGGAGGAGCUGCUGUGCCUCAAGAAGAACCAUGAAGAGGAAGUCAGUACCCUUCGAUGCCAGCUUGGAGACCACCUUAACAUUGAGGUGGAUGCUGCACCCCCAGUGGAUCUGAGCAGGAUGCUGGAAGAGAUGCGGCGUCAGUACGAGACCGUGGUGGAGACCAACCGCAGGGGUGUAGAGGAAUGGUUCAACACACAGAUAGAGGAGCUUAACCAGCAGGUGGCCACGAGCUGCGAACAGCUUCAGAGUUACCAGUCGGACAUCAUUGAUCUGAGGAGGACGGUCAUCACACUGGAGAUUGAGCUACAGGCCCAGCACAGCCUCAGGGACUCUCUGGAAAAUACGCUGACAGAGACGGAGGCCUGCUACAGCUCUCAGCUGUCCCAGAUACAGUCCAUGAUCACCAAUGUGGAGGCCCAGCUGGCCGACAUCCGCUGUGACCUGGAGCGGCAGAACCAGGAGUACAAGGUGCUGCUGGAUGUCAAGGCCCAGCUGCAGUGUGAGAUCAGCACGUACCGGGGCCUGCUGGAGAGCGAGGACUGCAAGUUGCCCUGUAACCCGUGCUCCACUCCUUCCUGUCCACCUUGUGCACACCGCACCGUCUGUGUGCCCCACACUGUCUGUGUACCUUGCAUGCCCUGUCCCCAAGGCCACUACUAA